UCUUUCCUGCUGGUAACAAAUACCCCUUGAUCUCCCUCUGGAUUCUUGGCUUCCUUAAUUGAUAUUCAGAGACGGUGCCAGAGGAGGCAGGAGCAUUUUAACACAAGUUACUGAGGAAGACCAAGAUAAGAAUGACCAACAAGAGCUUAAUUCCUGGACUAACCACAAUUCUCCUCCUGUUGAUGGCUUGGUUGGCCAUGAUCAACGCUGCCACUUUUGAUAAGUUCCUGCGGCAGCACGUGGAUUUCCCAAUGACUGAAGUUCCGGAUGCCCAAUGGUACUGCAACCUCAUGAUGAAACGUCGUCAUAUGGCAACCAGUAAAUACUGCAAACAUCUCAAUACGUUUGUCCACAUGGAAGUCCCUCAGAUCCAAGCUGUCUGUGGUACAGCAGGAGAACCAACCACGGGAGACCUCCGGGAAAGUAACUCCAGCUUCCCCUUGACGAUGUGCAAACUUCAAAGGGGCUCCUGGGCUCCAGAUUGCAACUACAUAGGAACCAGUGCUGUCGAUAGGAUUAUUAUCGCUUGUGAAGAUGGCUAUCCGGUCCACUUGGAAACUGAAGUUCCAGAUUAUAAUAAGAUGGAGGAGAUAUGAAAUGUGGGUCCAAAGUAACCCAUUUCAGCUGUCUGGUUUUUCUCCCUCUUUGCUUCUACAGGUAGACCUCAACUCAUUUAGCGACUGUUCCAAAUGAUAACAGCAUUGGAAAAAAGGGACUAGGAAAAAAUCACUUGAUUUGAAAAAAAGGUAACACUGAAAAAUAAGUGAUGUUUUUCACACUUAUGACCCCAUGGUCAUGUGAUCAAAAUUCAGAUGCCUGCCAACUGGUUCAUAUUUCUGACGGUUGAUCGCCUUUAGCGACCUCCUGACAAGCGAAAUCAAUGGGGGAGCCAGAUCCCUUAACAGCCAUGUUAUGUACUUAACAGUUGCAGAGAUUCACUUAACAACUGUGGCAAGAAAGGUCAUAAAAUGGAGCAAAACUCACUUAACAACUCUUUCGUUCAGCAACAGAAAUUUUGGGCUCCAUUAUGGUCGUACAUCAAGGACUGUUUCUCAUAGUUGAUGAUUAAUUGAUUGAUUGUUUGGUUGAUUCUGUGCCAUCAAGUUAUUUUCAACUCUUAAUGACCCCGUAGAUAGAUUUUAUCCAUGUCAAUCUCUCCCAAUCUUUGGUGUUUCAACUCUCCCAUCUGUGCAUCAUCAUCAUUCUUAUAGGUAUGAAGAUCUGUUUCUCUACUUUUCUCUGCUUUUCUCCUGGAAAUAAAAACCAACUGAGUUUAAAA